CCGCUUCACGAAAAGUGGGCAAUUAAGGUGAUGCGUUUCUAUGAUCUCACAGUCCUCCUGUCGAAGAUGAGAAUAGGACAGAGGUGUCGAAUCUAACUCUUAGGGAUGCUCUUCACGUCGACAUCUCAAGAGUCGAUACUGUAAUGAUUCAACUUGUCACAGUUUUACAACAGCCAUAUACUACAUGAACAUUUGGGCAUAGGCUACGAGGAGCGCUGACUUUAAAGACCACUUUCUCUGCUCUGUCUGCUCAGCCGCGCUUUACUCUAUUCAGCGGUGAGAUUUUCGUAGGUUUCUUUCUUCUGUCUCAAUCUCAACGCUUUCGAUUGGAGCACCACCAAUGCCGAUAAUUUUUUAGCCUGCUGAUUUCCGAGGAAAUACGCUACACAGCUGGGUUAUAACGAACAAGCCGCCCAGUACAUGAAUUAUAGGGCGACUACCCGAGUGUCAGGAAUACGGGAUACAUUCGCUGAUGGACUAACCGAACCAACUGCAGCCACAAGCCUAACAGUGGAGCCAAAACCGGGAGGGGAGAAAGAACAGUUUCAAUUCCCUGACGGUUAUUUCUCAAAGGACCCCCGGGACAGGAAAUCUGACCACUUCUAAUUGUGGAAAACUGCUUUGUGACCGUUACACAUGCUUUUGUUUUGCGUGGUAUGGGUGUAAGGACCGUAUUUUAAAGAUACCCAGCAGAUACCAGGCAGUCACAAUACAACCUAUCAAACUCCGUCCAACCGGGCGCUGGUGGUAUAGGGCUGCAUGCCUUAUCAGAACAUAUAUUUUUUUGUCGUUUCUUUGGACGUAUUUUGAGAUUAUUUUAAGCAGCUUUGGAUACUUUGUUUUUGCGUUGCAUGUGAAUUGAAAUGAGCCUGGAAUUGGCCUUUAUAUGACUUUUCUAUCCUAUAUGAAGGAGUUGGAUAGCGGAACGAGAGGAGAGCGACACAAACAAACAACGGGGACUCAACACUAUUCAUAUUGAGAUAAUUUCGUUGUGAUUUUAGUAGACAUUAUUAACUCAUAUUUUAGUGUAUGCCUUAAAUCCAUGUUAUAGUUCGUAUUAAAUAGUUAUUAAUGUAACGUUUUGUUUUGGACACUUUUCCAUACGGGGGUUCGGUCAUAUGGUGAAACUGGAGGAGUGAACACAACUGUUAGGGUUUCAGUCAAGCAGUGACAUAAAUAAACGAAUCAUCAUCACCCAAGUCUGCCCGCGACCCUUCGGUGACUCACGUGCCAGCCUCGGUGAUGGUCGGAAUAGAGAUCUAACAAGACAGCAACCCUGCUGAUGCGACCAGGUACAUUUCAAAUAUCUGUGAAGGCUGUUGAUGGAGAGGAUUUCGAAUGACAGCCGGGACAGUGGUCAUCACAGGCGGUAUUUUAGCUACAGUUAUCUUACUGUGCAUCAUCGCAGUACUGUGUUACUGUAGACUGCAGUAUUAUUGCUGUAAGAAGGAGGAGUUGGAGUCGGAGGAGGAGGAGCCCGACUUUGCAGUGACGUCCCGCCUCCCGCCAGUCCACUCCAACCAUAACAUUGUGGCGGCGUCGGUCGCCGCCUCCACCCCUAACGGCCCCGCCCUCUUCACACCGCCUUUAGCGCGGAAACUAACUCGCUCGCAGACAUUUUGCCCUUCGUGCACACACCAUGAUGUGCCCUUCUACCUGCAGCAUCCGGACGGCCUGCGGAACGGCGGCGACCGCAUCAGCUACCGUAGCAUCCAACAGCAUGACCUGGAACUGCCCUUAGAAAUGCCCAGCUACCACAAACUGAACCUGACCCGGUCAGUCACCAUGAGGGACAUGUUCAACCGCAGCUGCAGCAUCAGCACUGACGUCUAGUGGUAUCGGCGACACCCCAUGGCAUGGAGGGCUCAUGGAAACAGAUAGAUAACUACAAUGGGGACAGAUAGUGGGACUGCAGCUCGACAACCACAGCUCCAUGUCCCUUGGUCUUAUGCUGAGAUAUAACCGCACAUUAACUGGUGAAAAUAUAAGCAUUAAAAAAUCCAUCCUCUCCUCAUCCGCUUGGUCUGUGGUGAGUAGGAUGUUGACCCUCAAAUAAAACAGUUUCUACUCUGUCUGGACUCGUAUUGGAUUACCCUAAACCUAAACGGUCUAACUAAACCACCCUCCGGUCUAACUAAAUUACCCUCUGGUCUAACUAAACCACCCUCCGGUCUAACUAAAUGACCCUCUGGUCUAACUAAACCACCCUCCCGUCUAACUAAACCACCUUCUGGUCUAACUAAACCACCCUCCGGUCUAACUAAACCACCCUCCGGUCUAACUAAAUUACCCUCCCGUCUAACUAAACCACCCUCCGGUCUAACUAAAUUACCCUCCGGUCUAACUAAACCACCCUCCAGUCAAACUAAAUUACCCUCCGGUCUAACUAAACCACCCUCCGGUCUAACUAAAUUACCCUCUGGUCUAACUAAACCACCCUCCGGUCUAACUAAACCACCCUCCGGUCUAACUAAAUUACCCUCCGGUCUAACUAAACCACCCUCCGGUCUAACUUAAACCAGCCUCCGGUCUAACUAAAUUACCCUCCGUUCUAACUAAACCACCCUCCGGUCUAACUAAAUUACCCUCCGGUCUAACUAAACCACCCUCUGGUCUAACUAAAUUACCCUCCGGUCUAACUAAACCACCCUCUGGUCAAACUA